GGCCGGACAUGGCAUCCAAUUCCACACCAUCAAGCACCCCCGCGAGCAAGGUGCCGAAAAGCCAUCGCCGGCGCCGAACGAAGCGCGCCCGCGUCGGCGAUGGAUCAUCCGCCGCCGCAGAGUCGACGGUGCAUGCCCCCGCCAGCGAAUGGCGGGACUGGGCGAGCCUGGGGUCCGGGCCGGCGUGGCUGAUCGCGGACCGCGUGCUCUCCCGCGACGUCGCCGACUACGUCCGCUUCCGCGCGUCGUGCAAAGCGUGGCGGCGUUGCACGGCGGACCCGCAGGCCGACGCCCUCGACCCACGGUUCCACCCGCGGUGCUGGACCAUGCUCCAGGACGUUGUGAGCCGCGGCCUUCGCUACCGGUACAGCCGCUUCAAGAACGACGCCACCGGCGAGCACAUCCGGAUGACGAUCCGGGGGCUGAACGGCCGGGACGGCCGCACGCACCUCGCGCGCACGUCCCAGGGCCUCCUCGUCCUGCUCAACAAGAAGACCGACGCCGUGUUCGUGGUGAACCCGGUCACCGGCGCCCGCGCAGACCUGCCGCCGGUGACCGCGCUGCUGUCCGGCUUCUGGCGGGCCGAUGUUUUCCCGAGAUGGCCCCACGAGGUCCACUUCGGCGUGGAGCUGACCUACGAUUCCGCGAUCGUGAUCAAUUUGCACGGGCUGCUGGGCGUCGCGAGACCCGGCGACGAGCGCUGGGCAGAGGUGGAGUGGGAGGACCCGAUACUCGGACCAGUCUUGUCGUUCGCAGGCCGCGUGUACUGCUUCGUGGAUGACGCUGCCAUGGUGCUGGAGACCUCGCCGGACCACCCGCCGAGGCUGUCCAAGGCUGAUCAUAAUCCCUUCGGUUCAGUGCCGUGACCGAGGCCUGGCCUAGUUGCACUUGGCAGCAAAAACUUUGUUGUUUUUAGAGUAGCUACUAAUAACUGGCACACAAAUGUCAGCAAUUCGGCACAAACUUCAAACUCCAGAGACUUCGUGUUUUUUAUAUGAAUGUUUUGAUCAAGUUCUUCCU